GCGUUUGAGUGAGACAUAAGCGUACAUGUGCUUUCUCUAUGAAAGUCGAGUUUGCGUGUUAUGAAUUCAUACAGUCACCCAUUCCUUUGCAAACUGGAUGAGCCGUUGAACGUAGUCGAACGCCCCGCUCACUUUUUCCGAAGCGUGCUUACCGAAAAAAAUGUCAAAUAUCUCAAGAUCUAGGGACUACUGACCAGCCGCUACCAUGAAAUUAGUAAGUCGGACAUGUGCUCCUGUACGGAAACCGGUCCAACGUUAUGUUUGAUGGCCGGGAAAGGAGACAUUUCACCGUAAAGUUAGAAAAGAAACACAAAUUUCGCCGGUACGGACAAUAGCACACAGACAAGCUGUCGUGUUUCCGAUCACGUCCGCACCAUGACUACUUGUACGCCAGCAUGACAAGAUGUCGGGUUCAUUUGCACGUCUAUCGCAGAUUUGUCACGCCAGCAUGUCCGCCGCACCAUCGUCCCCCAAGAAGGCCAGCAAGCCCAAGAAGGCCCCUGCGGCUCACCCGCCCACCACCGCCAUGAUCACGGCGGCUGUGGAAUCACUCAAGGACCGCACGGGUUCUUCGGUGCCGGCCAUCAAGAAGUACAUCGCCGCCAACUACAAGUUCGACGUGGAGAAGAAGUCUCACUUCAUCAAGCGGGCCCUGAAAGCCUUGGUGGAGAAGGGUACCCUGCUCCAGGUGAAGGGAACCGGGGCAUCGGGAUCCUUCAAAAUCAACGUGGCAGCCAAGAAGGCGGCCGAGAAGGCCGCCAAGAAGACUACCAAGAAGCCUGUCAAGAAACCCGUGGCCAAGAAGGCCGCCAAACCCAAGACCACCAAGCCUAAAAAGCCCAAGGCUAAGAAGGCUUCCACCCCCAAGAAGUCUACCAAGAAGCCAGCGGCCAAGAAGUCUACCAAGAAGACUCCGACAAAGAAACCUGCUGCCAAGAAAGCUGCCACCAAAAAGACUCCGGUAAAGAAGGCCGCCAAGAAGACGGCGCCCGCCAAGAAGGCGACCAAGCCCAAGAAGAAGUAGAGACCUGACCGUCACAUUGAGUCUGCAAACCCCGGCCCUUUUCAGGGCCACCCACAUCCUCACAAAAGAACUAUGUCAAUCACGUCUCAAAGUUAUACAUUUUCCACACGAAUACACACUAUCCGGCCAAAUAAUUGAUGAUAAACGAAAUAAGAUACAAUGUAAG